AUGGGCAUCCAGCGGAUCUCGGCCAUGAAGCUCUACCCGGUCUUCCGGCACAUUUUGGUGUUGAAUUCGUACGUCUCUGCACUACUACUCCUACGCCUUCUACUACACCAUCUACGCCUCCUCCUACACCUUCCUCAUGUACAAUUUUCAUUGCGCGCACGUGCGCCGCGCAGCUCGGAAGUUUUUGCGGGCCCCGGUCAGCCUGGCCGUGAUGGGGCGCUACAAGUUCUUCAACCCGAGGCUCCCGAGAGCGAGCCGCAACGUCAAAAAUUGUGGAAGUCACAGCUUCCAAUGACGAUCAGCUUCAGCGCUGGGAUCAGCGCGUGCGAGAAGAGUGGGCGCUGGCAGCAGGCUCUCGCGCUGUUGAGCGAGAUAUGGAAGGGGAAGCUGGAGCCCAACGUCAUCUUCAGCUACAGCGCUGGGAUCAGCGCGUGCGAGGCGGGUGGGCAGUGGCAGCGGGCGCUCGCGCUGGUGAGCCAGAUGCGGGAGGCGAAGCUGGAGCCCGACGUCAUCAGCUACAAUGCUGGGAUCAGCGCCUGCGAGUCCGGCAAGCAGUGGCCGUGGGCGCUCGCGCUGUUGAGCGAGAUGCGGGAGGCGAUAGGCACCUGGCUCGGCAGCAGCAGCAGCGGGUGCGACUGCAGCUGCCACUUCGACGCCUCGCCCGACGAGGCCCUCAUCGGGCUGUUGAAGGGGCAGCUCGACAGGUGCGGACCAGAGCACCUGCACGGGCAGCCGACGUUCACGCCAGCCUGCCCCGAGCCAGGGCACACCCGGCUGGAGCUAGGCCUCUCGCUCGUGCUCGGCCUGGUCCUGGGCGCUGUGCUCCGCGAGGCCCUGGAGAGCCUGCAGGUGGGUACUCGGGUCCUCGCCUACUACGAGCAAGAGGACAACUACUGGCAUGAACGGAUUUUGGUCGGCAGGAUCACUGCGACGAGAUGGGUGGUGGUCACCCCACACUUUGACAUCUACGAGGAAGACUUUGCGGACGCCCUGCAGCUCUGUCCAGUCGGCCCCCUCGGGGGCCUGCCCACGAAGCUCUCGGGCCACAUCCUCCGCAUGGACAUGGACCGCUACAAGCGGAACGAAGCAAGGCUGCUGGCUGAGGGCAAGCAGCUUGCUAGCGAGAUCCGCCAGGAGGAGGGCCUCCCCGACGAGCCAUUCGGGGCGCUCGCGCCACCGCCGGGACCUGGCGGGGCUCUCGCCGUUCGUGCUGACGCUGGUGACGCUCCUCGCUGGGUUGCCUUGGAGGCCCGAGCUGGCUACCGACCAGGUGACGAGCUUCCAGCAGGCACUGUGCCCGUUGCCGUUCUUGGAGAUCGGGGGAUCUGUGAGCUCGCCGACGGCACCAAGCUGGCAGUCGCGAGCGCCGACACCUACGAGGGCACUCCGACCCCCCGGCAGGAACGUCAAGCUGCAGAGCAGGAUCUUCGGACUCUUCCUGUCAAGUACGACGCCGGCGGCACCAGGGUCAGGGACUUCGCCGAAGCGGUGGACAUCAUGUCCUCCAACCCGCAGCUGGACGUCCCUGUCCUUGGGCCGCGGACAACCUUGUGGCUGGUGCAGCAGUUCAAGCGGCUGGGCCAGACCCCCCUUCAGCGACACAUGUGGUGGAGGCAGACCCAGAACCUCACCGCCGCGGAUGCUGGAGUUGACGAACACCAGUUCCUUUCAGAGCUGCUGGAGAUGGGCGCCGAAAAGGACCAACUCAAUGAGGGCGAGCUCGCGACUUUCGAAGCUGUGUCCCGACGGUACCAACUUUGGGAAGAGGUCUACGCCAACAGACUUCGUGAGCACGAGGACGCUACAGGGUCUCAGGCCUGGCUACUCGGAAGUCGAGGCCGCCGGUUCUCGAACAGUCAGCGGGGAAAUAUCUCUCUUCCCAAGAUCGGCGCGGGCAAGGUGGCUCUUACGGAGGUCCUCCCCGCUGACCUGCAGACCAAGCUGGAGACUGGGCGCGGGCUGUUGCGAUCCCCAGUGGAGGCAGCAGCGCUAAUUCGUGAUGCAGGUGCUCCUCGUGCCAUGGACCCGAAGCUCGGGCGGCUCGGCUACGACUACGGCCACGCGCUGGGGGAGCUCUACACCUCUGGAGUGAUCGAGGCCAGCUCGGAGCCAGUGUUGGAGGAAGCUGGCAUAUUUUUUGUGGCUCGCAAGGACAAGCGGUUGCGUCUCAUCUGCGACGCCAGGACUCCCAACAUGCACUUUACCACUCCAGAGCACACGGCGCUCGCGACGGGCGAGGCGUUAUCCUCGCUGGAGGCGUCAGGAGUGACUAUGAUCGGCAUGAGUUCUGGAGACGUCGAUUGCUGUUUCUAUCAAUAUGCAUUGCCGCCCUGGUGCAGGCGCUACUUCAACCUCCCGCUGAUCGAGAGUCGCUUCCUGCCUCCAGAGGUUCGGGGCGCCUGCGGGCUGACGUUGAAGAGCGGCCAGGUUCGCUUUCGAUUCAAGGUGGUACCCAUGGGAUGGAGCUGGGCAGUGCAUUUCAUCCAAGAAGCACAUCUUCACCUUGUCAAGUCAGUUUUGCCAUCGCAGCCGUGGUGCUUGGACAAGUGUCCCGGCAUCGACUUGAACUCUGCGGAUGCCAAGGUCCUGUACAUAGACAACUUUGCUGUGCUGUCCCAGUCCUCCGUCCGCGCCGCCACCGCCGUCGCCGACAUGCAGGCGGCGCUCGCGGCCAAGGGCGCGGUCUCAGAGCUAGACCCCGCCCCAGCCGGGCGCGGCGAGCUGCUGGGAUGCGAGCUCGACUUGCAGACGGGCUGCUGGCACGUGCUGGGCCGCCGGCUAUGGCGUGUCUACGGUGCCCUCGAGCAUGUCCUCUCGGGUCGGGCCAAGGUCUCUGGCCAGGAGCUCGAGCGUCUGAUUGGCCACCUGGUUUCCAUCCUGAUGCUGCGCCGGGAGGGACUGGCCAUGCUGCACUCCUCAUGCGAGUUCGCGCAGGCCUCCUACUCCAAGGAGCAGCCGCUCUGGAAGAGCGUGGCCCGUGAGAUGGGCUGGGUCAAGGCGCUGCUACCUUGUCUUCGGGCCGACACCCGGCGUCCGUGGAGCGAGGUGGUCACUUGCUUCGACGCGCCCCCCUGGGGCUACGGCAUCGUGGAGACCGAGUGGGACCUCGAGGACGUGCAGCGCGUCGGCCGGGUCUCCGAGCGCGCCCGAUUCCGAGGCGUGCUCGCUGCCGUCGGCGCCCCCCGCGAAAGGGCGCUGGAGCAGGAGAUAGCGCGGGCACCAGAGCCCGCCCUCCUGCUGGCAGGUCGCUCGGCAGGUUUCCCGGAGGUCGACUACGGCAAGAUGCACGCCCGGCCCUGGCGCGUGGUCGGCUGCGGCCGCUGGAAGCGCAAGGAUGCCAUCCACGGCAGCCGCUGCCAGGACAUGCCGAGGCGGGCCGUGGUGCCGGCGCUGGGCGGGCCAGGGGGCAGGCCAGACUUGGCUGGGCGGCGCGCAAGGCUUGGCCUCAGUCACUCGGAGAGCGACUUCGACCGAAGGAGGCGCCAGCUGUGCCCGCGCCAGACCCGCCUUGCGGCUGCCAAGGUCAGGCCUCGCACGCAGGAGCUCUACCUCGGGAUGAUCUUCGGCUUGGUGCGCUGGCUGAAUAUGGCCUUCCUCCCGGACUGGCCGCGCCACACGUGGGGCGAGACGCUGGCAGAGUACGCCGAGUCAAUCUACGACCGUGGGGGCUCCAAGGCGUCUACUCAGCGGCUGGCCACGGCGCUGCUCUGGGCGGAGCCCGCCCUCCACAGGGCUGGGAUCCGCGAGGUCUUCCCCCUGACGCACCAGACGCUGAAGGGCUGGAACGUCCUAGAGCCGUCCAAAUCCAGACCGCCCGUCCCGUUCCUGGUGGUGCGGGCAGUGGCCUGCUGGCUGUGCCGUGCUGGGAAGCCGCUCAGUGGCUUGGCCGUCCUGAUCAUGUUCGAGACCUACAUGCGCCCCUCGGAAGUGCUGGCCCUGCGAGCAAGGCAAGUAGUCCUGCCGCUGCCAAAGGAGGGAGGCGCAUCGAUCUUUUUGACGUUCGUGGUGCGGGCCUCGGAAUACGAGAUCCCGACCAAGACCAACGAGUACGACCUCUCAGUUCCACUCGACCUGCCCAGGCAGCAGUGGAUGGUGGACCCGAUCUCCUUUGUGCAAGCCCUUCGUGGGCCAGACGACCUCUUCCUGGGCCUGGGCUACAACCAACUGGCAGAGGACUUCCAGAGCGCGACCUCCGCUCUGGGUGUGAGCUUACUCAAGGCCACCCUCUACUCCCUCCGGCAUGGAGGGGCCAGCCACGACCGGAGCACGGGCGCCAGAGGCUUGGGCGCCGUGCAGCAACGAGGAGGGUGGAAGGCGUUCAAGUCCGUGCUGCGCUACGAGAAGCACGGACGCCUCUCGCUGGAACUUCGCAAGCUCAGCGACCAGCAGCGCGAGGCCCUCCGAGCAGCAGGCGGGGACUACGUGGGCGUCUUCAACAGGUCCUUGGCGCUGCAUUUCGGAGCGCCCCACAUCAGACAAGAGUGCGCAUCGAAGUCUUCUCGGGAUGUGGGGCGCUGA